CGUCCGCUCUCUAUAAAAGCGCUCCCCGCGGGGGCCUCUGCCUGCACUCGGUGCGACGCCCGCGUAUCCUGCCGGCUCCAGCUCCAGCUCCUCCAGGAACCCACAGUUAGCGACAUGCAGCUCUGCUUCACGAUCGUGGCCGCGGCCAUCGCCACCCUGCUCGCCACGGCGCGGGCGGAUGAGUCAGCGAUGCAGGCCGUGAUGAAAUGCGCUAAAGACGCUGACAUUAAACUAGAGGUGUUGAUGAAAUCGUGCGACAAUGACAUGUCGGCGGUCCCCGGCUACAAGUGUUUCACGAAAUGUGUGCAGCAACUUAUGGGAAUCAUGGCCGAGGAUGGAAAGUUCAGUCCAGAGGGAGCCACCAAAUUCGUCUCUGACGAAGAUAGAGAGGUGGCGUUGAAAGUGGCCAACGAGUGUGCCAAGGAAGUUGGGGAAACCGCCGAUUUGUGUGAGAGGGCAUUCACCGUCAACGUGUGCUCGCAGAAAAAGGACCCCGUGAUCUACAAGAAGUCCUGCCUCGCUCUGAUGGCGAAAAUGAUGUCGUGAAGAAAAGGGAGACUUACAUACAACAAUAAAUAAUUUUUACACUAAACAUGAUUAACUUUCCCCCUUCCCUUACAAAAAUGCAAUGUAAACUUAGAGUACACUGUAAAACGAAGAGUGACCUUUCUUUCCCGAAUAGAGCGACGUAUAGGCGUCAUCGCUCUGUUAGAGCGAGUUUUGCGAAAUGACUUAACAUGAGUCUUCUUCGUAACAGAAAAUGUCGCAGAAACGACCCUAAACGAGCGACGUUUGCGAAAAUGACUCAAAAUUAGUCUUAUUCGUAACCAAAAAUGUCGCGAAAAGUUAUUGCAAACGAGCGAUGUAAUUAAUAUCGCUCUCCUAAGAGUCGUCAAAUUGGCUUCACUGAUAUCGCUCUCCUGAGAGCGAAAAAGGUCACUCCUUUACUUGUAGUGUACUGACUGAGUGCAAUUCUGCAGAAUUAUUGUGUCCCAACCUUUGAAUCAGGAAUAUUGAGGGCACUGGAAAAGCGGCAUCGAAGUUGAGGCGGUUCCUUGCUGUGAACAUUGCUGCCAGAUUUACUGGACGCACUGGACGAGACUAGCAACAAGGGGAACACCGCCGGAACCUAUCCGACGACUGUGUUGUGUUGCUCUGGGGUGUGUAGUGUACACUACAAAGCGAGUGUCGAUGAGGGGGCGCACCUAAUGAUGUCAAUAAACUGAUGAUGAUGCUGAA